AUGUUUCAGGGAAUCGGAUGUUCUAGUUCACUUGAGGAUCUCACUCCAAACCUGGACGUGAGUGAUAGUGCUGAAGAAGAAGAAGAUAUUAUUCCUAAGUUGAAGUGCACACAAAACAAUGAAACCUCAAACGUCGAAGAACUAUUGGCCCUCUGCUCGGGAAAAUUCCCUGUUUCUGGAAGAGACACGCAAAUAAGUAGUUUGACUGAAAAUGCAGAUGACGAAUCUGAUGAAGAAGUUAAGCCGUUCGCAAGAAUAAUUCCAAUGGCUGAUGAGGAUGACGAGGAAGAUGGCUCCAGUAGUGCUCUCCCAAAAUUCGUUUCUGAAAAUGACGCUGAUGAACCUGGAACUGUGCCUUCUUUUUUAGAGGAUGGAGAAAAAUCACUGUCAAAGGUGAAAAAAAGGGCCCGUGUUUGUCUGUCAGAUGACGAAGAUGAAACUAUCGAUGAAAACCAUUCGUUUGUCGAAGAAGAGGGAAUGCAUGAAGAGGAACGAGAAUUUAGAGGUCUGACUGAGUUUUUUGAAGACGAGGCUGAACUGUCCGGUUCCGAAGUUGGCAGCGGUGACGAACGAGAAGACGAAAUGGAUGACUGGGAGGAGGAGGAAGGCGAUAAGGAGGAUAUUGAUGAAAACGAAGUUCGUGAGCAAGUUGGAAGAGCCCAUAUGAAGACAAUGCUUGAUCAAGACCAGCGUGAAGUUCGACUUUUUCAAGAGCUUUUUCUCGAAGAUGGAGAUUUGCAUUCUGAUGGCGGUGGAAGGCAAAGACAAUUUCGGUGGAAACAGGCUGAUGGUGAAAAUACUGAGGGAGACGGUGCCCGUCCAAAAAAUCAAGAAGAUGAAGAAGAUGAAGCUGCUGAAGAACAGGAUGAUCUCACAUGGAGAAAAAUUCACAGUGAUAGAGAAAAAUGGCUCCUGCAACAAAAGUCGCAACAGGAAACGAAUAAAGAAGUGCCAUUGGUUAUGAGCCGGCAAACUAAAAUGGUGAAAAUCAACACUGCUUCCAAAACCAUUAAUCAAAUUACAGAAGGCGAUUCCUCCGCUGCUACUGCCAACGCCAAGCAGUCAACGCAUUCUAAGGCGAACAUUGUGACCACUGUGAGAUGCGGAUCUUUUUUACGCAGAAGUGAAAAAGAUUUAUCAGAAAUUGCAUCGUUGAUGAAAUCCGUGUUACCUGUUCAGGCACCAAGGGUCGGUUCCAAUUUUGUAUUUGCAUCCAUUACUCCGGAGAGGCCAGUCGCCGAGCAAAAAAUUUACACGGAAACUGCAAGGCUUUGUUAUAAUGAUGUUUUCGGAUUGAAAACGUUCCGCGACACGCUUUGCCGUUGGCAACUUCCAUGGUGA